GGUGGAUUUGGACAACCUAUAGUCUUAUCCGUUAUUCUACGGCGUUCCUGCGUUCAACGGACCUGUUAAAUGUGGAUUAUCGACAUUGGUGAUGAUACCUCUUGUUAACUGGGAAUAGAUAAGAAACCCAUCAUCGCCAGUACUUGUCCCGUAGGGAAAAAGGCAAAAUAAAGGGAUCUCUCGCUUUUAUUCAUCCUCUCGAAUCGAAUCUAACAUUUUGAGAAGAAGAGGGAUUUGUGUGAUUGUUUUUUCGUGGUGGAUAAGACACCACUUUUUUCUUCGUCUGGCGUGAGUGGGCUCUGGCUUUCUAUCUCCUCCUCCUCAGUGUGAGAAUCCUUCUCCGGUGAGAUUCUGCUAACCCCGCGGUCCGCAUGACAUGGUUCAGUCCUGUUGCCGGUGCCGAGCCUCGAUGCAUUGGGAUUUCUCUCAGUGCCGACACCACCACCACCAAGUGAAUCGUAUUUCUAAACCCGUCUAAUAAAACGUGCCUGCUGCCCCCGAAGAAGAAAAAACACACACCUGCCAUGAACGCCUCUUCGAACUGGGACGGAACCGGACACAUUACCGGGCAUGUUCGUAGGACAGAAUGCAGAUGUAUUAGCAGGCAUACCAGGACCGGGCCAAGGAAAGCGGAGGAAAUAGGGAUUUUUGCAUUAAUGAAGGCAGGAGUAGCAGCGCACCAUUGGAACAGGGUUCUGUUCUUGUUUAUGGGGCUACUGGCAGCCUCAGCCUCGGUUAAGGGUACUGAGGCUCAGAACUGCAGUUAUACUCUCCAGAACCCCAACAGUACGAUAGAGAGCCCUGGCUACCCGUACGGUUACCCCAACUAUGCCAACUGUACGUGGGUGAUCCUGGCAGCAGAACACAACAGGAUACAGCUGGUGUUCCAAGGUUUCGCUCUAGAGGAAGACUUCGACAUGCUGUCUGUCUACGACGGUCCGCCCAGCCCGGGGAACCUUAGGACCAGGUUGACAGGGUUCCAGCUGCCCUCGCCCAUAGUGAGCACAGGACCCAGGCUCACACUGUGGCUGCUGUCAGACUAUGCUGUCAGUGGACAAGGCUUCAAGGCCAUCUAUGAAGCUCUACCUAGUUAUACCUGUGGUAACCCAGGCCAGCUGGUCAACGGUCUUCAACAGGGCUCAACUUUUAACAUUGGAGAGAAGAUCAGGUACAGCUGCAGCCCCGGCUACGUGUUGGAGGGUCACACCACGCUGUCCUGUCUGGCUACGUCUGCUGGGACCGCAGCAUGGGACUUCCCCCUGCCCUACUGCAGAGCGGAUGACGGUUGUGGGGGAACGUUACGAGGCCAGAGCGGUGUGAUCACCAGCCCCAACUACCCAGGGCAGUACAGCAACAAUGCAGACUGUACCUGGACCGUCCUGGCUGAGCCUGGAGACACCAUCGCCCUGGUCUUCUCUGACUUUACCCUGGAGGUUUCUCUCUCCUUCUUUUCUCUGUCGACUAUGACCUGCUGGAGGUCAGUUACGGCCAGACGGUGUGGCUCCUCUCAGUGGUGA